CUGGAGCGUCUGCCCGACGGUUGGGGUGAAAAACCAGGAGCGCAGGUUCGCUCGCCUGCCCGCUCCAGUGUUUCCGUGCUCCUGUUUGUUUAUUCAACACAACGCCAACGCCAACGCUAACGCAUCGCCUCAGCUACUUCGGGAGCUGCCGCGUCGUCCGUGCGUGGGGGACCGGCCGCGCACCGCCGCCUCGGCGACCCGGCCCGCCGGACGCCAUGGAUGCCGGCGACGAGCCCUCCGUCACCCGCUGGUCCUUCCAGGACUUCGAGCGCUACUACGACGCGGGCCUCGGCAUCUGCCGCCAGCCCAAGGGCGACGGCGACGACGACGACAACGCGCCGCCCGGAUCGGGCUCCGCCGACACCGCUCACGGCCACGCCAACGGCGGCGCCGACCUGUCCGUCUUCGAGCAGUUCCAGCGGAUGGAUAGAAAUGUCGAGUUGCGCAAUGGGGCAAUGGAUGCCGGGCCACCGCAGAAAUCCCUGCUUCCUUCUUUUGAAUCUGCAGAAACACGCAACUUAGCCGAGACAUUGUUGAGGGAUAUCAUUCGUGGGAGUCCAGAUGUCAAAUGGGAAAGCAUUAAAGGUUUGGAAACUGCGAAGCGACUUCUUAAGGAGGCAGUUGUCAUGCCUAUAAAGUAUCCCAAGUACUUCACAGGUCUGUUAUCACCCUGGAAAGGUAUAUUGCUAUUUGGUCCACCAGGAACAGGAAAGACAAUGCUGGCAAAAGCUGUGGCUACCGAGUGCAAAACAACUUUUUUCAACAUUUCAGCCUCAUCAAUUGUCAGCAAAUGGCGUGGUGACUCGGAGAAACUAGUAAAAGUCUUAUUUGAGCUUGCAAGGCAUCAUGCACCAUCUACCAUUUUCCUUGAUGAGAUUGAUGCUAUCAUUAGCCAACGUGGUGAAGCUCGUAGUGAACAUGAAGCCAGUCGGCGAUUGAAGACUGAACUAUUAAUACAGAUGGAUGGAUUGACUAAGACAGAUGAGCUUGUUUUUGUUCUGGCGGCCACAAAUUUACCUUGGGAACUAGACGCAGCAAUGUUACGCCGAUUGGAAAAACGUAUUCUUGUGCCCUUACCAGAGGCAGAAGCUAGGCAUGCUAUGUUUGAAGAGUUCCUUCCAUCGACUCCAGAUACAAUGGAGAUUCCAUAUGAUGUUCUUGUGGAGAACACCGAAGGAUAUUCCGGCUCUGAUAUACGCCUUGUCUGUAAGGAGGCAGCAAUGCAACCACUUAGACGGUUAAUGGCAGUUCUAGAAGGCAGACAAGAAGAAAUGCCAGAGGAUGAGUUGCCUGAAGUUGGCCCAAUAGCGGCAGAAGAUAUCGAACUUGCCUUGAGGAAUACACGGCCGUCUGCUCAUCUCCAUGCACAUAGAUAUGAGAAAUUCAAUCAAGAUUAUGGCAGCCAUGUCAUUGGCUAAAGGAGCAUGUUGAUAUGACCUUGUUUGCACCCUGUAUGGAGCUUUAGUAUUCGUCGGCAGAAAGGAUAAUUACCAUCCAUGUAUUUCCAGCUCGUAAGCAUUGCUUGUGCAUAAUAUUUGUUCCAUCAUCAUGUAUAUUACCAUUUACAUCACAAACAAUAAGUCCUUUGGGUAUUCAA